CGGGGGCUCCGGGAGGGCCCUUGUCAUUGCUCUUUGCAAGGGGCCUCCUUUGCCUUCACGCUUCUUUUGGGCGAGGGGGCUCGGCUGCACCCAUGGAUGACAGCAAAGUAGCUGGAGGGAAAGUGAAGAAACCAGGUAAACGGGGCCGUAAACCAGCCAAAAUAGAUUUGAAAGCUAAACUUGAGAGGAGCCGGCAGAGCGCGAGAGAAUGCAGAGCAAGGAAGAAGCUGAGGUACCAGUACCUGGAAGAGCUGGUUUCAAGCAGAGAGAGAGCCAUAUGUGCUCUUAGAGAAGAGCUGGAAAUGUACAAGCAGUGGUGCUUAGCAAUGGAUCAAGGGAAAAUCCCCUCUGAAAUUAAAGCUCUGCUAAGCGGGGAAGAGCAAAGCAAACCAAUGCAGAACAUGGCCAAGGUUGGCAAGGCUUCCAAGAUGGAUGCAAACAGUCACAGCUCCUCAAUCUGCAGGAUUGGGCCUGUUAUUCUGUCUUUUGUCCAGCAACGUUUCUAGUCAGUGCCUAAGGAACACUUACACGGUGAAGAUGGAACAGCCAAGAUCAAAGCCUCUAUUUUAUAUUACCAACACUGAUUUGUAGUCUUUAUGCUAAGCUUCCCUUCCACCAUGAUGGGUGGCAGUGCUGCAGCAGCAAAGAACUUGAUCGUUGAGGUGAAUACCAAAAUAACCCAAUGGCAAGCCAACAGAAUUAACUCUACAACUUUUUAAAAAACCCAGUUUGUUAUCUUGAUAUAGAAACUACAACUUACGUGUAUGUAGAGAUUUCUGCUGUGACAGGGAAAGAAAUUUCCGAACUUGCUGUUAUAAUUGCUCAUGGUUUGUGUGUUGGAUUUUUCUGUUUAGUAUUCAUGGGAGUGGUUAUUUAAGAAACCAUGUGCAGCAAAGGCUUGGUCAUCUGGCAUCAAAGUUAUCUGUUAUGUGUAUGGUAUUUAUCUGUGGUCCAUGUUGUAAUAAUAAUUCCAGUUUCUCAUGGUGGGCUGGAAAUAUGUAAUGGGUUUGCACUUCUGUUAUUUCUGACCUAGUGCAGCAUUGUGGCUAAGAAUAGGAUGUCCCUGGUUCAAAUUUCGCCUCUGCCAUGAAUUCCCUUCGGCAAGGCCAUUCCAUCUGCAAUUCAGAGUAAUAAUACUUACCUUCUUUCUACAGGGUUGUUUAAAGCAUACCAGUGCUAUCAUGUCUGUGAGAUGCUUUUUGAGUACAUUCCAAUGCUAAACUCCCUGCAGACAAAAAACUAGCACAGGUGCAGGUGGGAAUGGGCAGAUAUUCUAGGUGUGUGCUGGCUUUUUUGGUAGUAAGGAACCAUUCAAAAACAGUAUGUCCCACCUGUUGUCUAUAGUGGUGAAGUCCUUCUGUCACCUCAGUCUGCUACCUAUGUAGACCAGGCCCCAGUCAAUGUUUCCCAAACAUUUGACAGGCAAAGAACUGUAAAUAAGUGUAUUGUUAAAUCAAACUUGGAGGGAGACUUUCCCUUCUUUUUCAAAAAGACAUCUCUAUUUGCAGAAUUAAUGGACAGGCAUUCUUGCAAUUCCAGGGCAGCCCAGUUAACAUUGCUUCCCACCCUCCCUUUUGCCCAGUCAGCCAGAGAUUGGGGACGGCACUGUGUUGGCUGGGCCAUGCCAACUUUCCUGGGGUUCUCCCACACCCACCAGCUCCAUUAGCAGCCCCCUGUGUCCCAUUUCUCCUUUGGGGUGAUGUCACUCUCCACUUAUUGGUAGAGAGCAGGGGAAGGCAGCCCCACACAAGAUCAUUCUGCACUGAGCAGCGUGAGAGUGGUGGUGAAGACGUCCAACAUAGUGGCUUAAAUGUACCUUCAUAGAAAUGGAGCCCUGCUUGUGAGCCCUAUUCCCACAGUUGGUGAAUUGCUGUUCUAUGCCACAGUCAGGACCAUCCUGCUCCCAUCCUGCUCCCAUUCAGGCAUGCCACAUGCCUGCACUCCUUAAGGCUCCCAUACUGCAGGCCAUGGAUUAAUUUGACCUAUUAAAUUAAGUCUCUCAAGGGUUCAUUGUUUUGUGACAUGAGAUGGUCCUUUUUACACCCAAGUGAAGUAUCUCCUUGAAAGUAAAAUGAGUGUAUCUGAACAGGCCCCCUUUAGCUUGUGUAACUGUGUGCCUGUUUGGAACCUGCUUAUUGAUGCUCUCAUUGAGUCAAAGGCUAAUGCAUUAUUAUUUCUUGUUUCCUCCAUGCAGCCAAGGAGCAGCUGAGUGGGAAUGGGGGUGGGAUGGCAUUUCUUCCUUAGUGGCACAAAUGAACAAGAGGGUGAACUGGGGUGGGGGUGGGGUAUUUUAGGCAGCAUGUUGAGUAGAUGUAUUAUAAGAGGCUGACUCCAUGCAGGGCUUUUGGUGCCCUGCAGACUCCAUUUAGAGCAGAGCUUUCCAAACUUUUCAUCUUGGUGACACACUUUUUAGACAUGCAUCAUUUCGUGACACAGUAAUUCAGUUUUACUAGCAAACUGGAGGUCAAACUAACCCCCUAUAAGAGCAUUCAUGUGACACACCUACACACUGCAGCCAACACACUAAUGUGUUGUGACACACAGUUUGGAAAGCUCUGAUUUAGAGUCUGACUGUAGCAUUGUGCAUCAGAAAGGGAAAAUUUAAUCUCUUUCAGCCUGAUGUCUUGAUCACUCACAUAUAUCUGCUGUGAAGAAAACACUUAAAUUCUUGUAAGACUCCCAAGUCUGUCCUUUUUUGUUUUAUAUUAAAGUGGAUGGAGCUUCAAA